CACGCUUUGCAAAAGAAUGAAGUCUUGGCACCUCACAGGUUUAAGCACCAUAUGAAAUAGAUUAUUUUAGCCACACUGGACCUCUGCUGGAGGCUAAUGCCCUUGGAUAUCCAAAGCGGUGCUCCUCAUGGGAACGAAAGCAGGGGCAGAGAAAGUUUGUUAUGAAGACAUGUCGAUAUCUAUGUCAGACAGCAGGAGAUCCUGCCUAGGAAACAGGAUACCUUUCCCCUCAAAAUGUGUGGGGAAACGGAGAGCUCCAGAGGGUUGGCUGUCACACAGUUCCAUUGGACGAUUGCAGGCAAUUGUAGAACAUGAACACCAGGAGGCCAGAUUGAUUACCUGGCCAAUGGUAGACACAGAGAAGGGUUUUGUCAAGGAUUUGGAUAGCUAUCUGAGCCAUAGGGGGACUCUGGAGCUGAGGAAGAAAGAACUUCUGCACAUGCGUUGGACAGAACGUGUCUGGAUGCCGAUCCAGAAGAACAUCAGGGACCAUCACUUACUUUGUCAGGGCAAAGAAGCAGAGAAGAUGAGGAGUGCGGUACUGCACUAUCUUGAGCACUGCAACACUAAGGGUUUUGUGUCAUUGGAAAGCUAUGAUCCAAAUGAAUACGACCCAUUUUUGCAUCUCAUCAGUGGACCACGGUACUUUAAGGUGUCCACUCCUUCCUUGAAAGACCCCCUGUUGCUCCAAUCACGAGAUAGGACAAGAGAAAUGAGGACAGUCCUACACUGUCAAACAGCAUGACAGUGCCCCCAUGCACAAAGCAAGGUCCACAAAGAAAUGGUUUGCCAUGUUUGGUGUGGAAGAACUUGACUAACCUGCACAGAGCCCUGACCCUCAACCCCAUUAAGCGCCUUUGGGAUGAAUUGGAAUGCCAACUGCAAGCCAGGCCUUUUCACCCAACAUCAGUGCCCAACCUCACUAAUGGUCUUGUGGCUGAAUGGAAGUGAAUCCCUGCAGCCAUGUUCCAGAAUCCAGUGGAAAGCCUUCCAAGAAAAGUGGAGGCUGUUAUAGCAGGCAAGGGGGGGCCAACUCCGUAUUAAUGCCCAUGGUUUUGGAAUGCAAUGUUCAGGUGUCCAUGUACUUCUGGCCAUGUAGUGCAUUUUCUUUCUGUUCCUUAAGUCUUUGUCCAGUGACCUCCAAAUUUUAUUUUCUUGGAAAAACCUGACGAUUAGAUUUUUCAGAGCUAUCUCUCAUUUGUCAUAUGAUGUCAAUGAAAUUAAUGCACGUAUAGAGUCCAUAUCAGCCUAUUAAACAGAUUAGUAAGUAAUGAAGCCUUCAUAAUUGGUGACAUUAAAUGUCCAGUGCAACAGGAAUUUUGUUUGGAUUUUUAAUUACAGGGCAUGUUUUCACCCACAAACAUACAGAGGAGUUGCUCAAGAUUAAUCUGGGUCAUGUACCAUUGUCGUAUUGUUACGGGGCAACAAUGCGUCUCUCAGGGGCAACUGAGAAGCCUAACAGGUACAAUGCUU